AUGCCAGAGCAACUCGGUCUUGUUGGGCGAUGGGUCCCUCGCAAUGCGAGAGUUAUCACGAUCCUGCUCGUUGCAGUAGCUACUGUCAACUCUGCAACCAUGGGCUACGAUUCAGCGAUGAUGAACGGGUUGAACAUUCUUCCUCAGUAUAAGGACUAUUUCCAUCUUAACAACGCAACUACAGGCCUUAACACCGGUGCGAUGUGGAUAGGCAGCUUUUUGGGCGCCCUUCUCAUUCAGCCAGCCGGUGACAAGCUAGGUCGCAAAAAUGCCAUUCUGGUUGCUGCGUGUAUCAACAUCCUCGGCUCGAUAUUGACAACUACAGCCCACAACAUAGGACAAUUUGUUGUUGGACGUGUUUUUGUCGGUAUAGGCUCCGAACUUGCCAGUGGGCCUGCACCGGCACUUAUUGCGGAAAUUCUGCCGGCGAAACAGCGAGGGUCGGUGCUGGGACUGUACUUUACUUGCUUUUAUGUGGGCUCUCUGGUCAGUUCCGGUAUUAACUAUCGCGCGGUUGACAUCUCAGGCACUUGGGCAUGGAGGUUGCCCUCGAUCAUCCAGGCUGUGCCAAGUUUGUUGGCAAUCGCCCUUUUGCCUUUUGUGCCCGAGUCUCCCCGUUGGCUUAUUAACAACAACCGAAGCGAUGAGGCACGCGAGGUGAUUGCGAUUAUACAUGGAAACAACGACGUGGACGACCCGGUGACUGUGGAAGUAUUCAAAGAAAUCGUUACUGUUUUGGAGAAGGAAGAACAGAACAACCCCGAGGGUCCUUGGAAGGCUUUCAUCUCGACAAAAGCUAACAGACAUCGUCUGUUUAUUGUUGUCAGCUUUGGAGUUAUGGUAGAGAUGUUGGGCAAUUUUGUCAUCUCAUACUACCUCGGCGAUAUGUUGACACAAGCUGGUAUUACUGACUCAAAGACGCAACUCCAAGUAAAUGUCAUUUUGAGUUGUUGGGCAUUCGCCAUCGCUAUCGCUGGCAGUCUCUUGAUGGAUGUCGUGGGCCGACGAGUAAUGACACUCACAGCUAUUGGUGGUAUGAUUGUAACUUUAUACAUAUUCGGCGGUCUUUCAAAGACCUACGGAUCGAGCGAUAACAAAAGCGCCGUAUAUGGAAUCGUCGCUGUAAUUUUCUUGUUCCAAGGAUUCUAUGCUUGGGGUAUAACGCCCAUGACCAGUCUCUACCCAGCCGAGUUCCUGUCAUACAAACUCCGUAACGCAGGUCUAUCCAUAUUCCGAACGCUCGACUCGAGUUUUGGUCUCAUGGCCUCCUUCGCCAUGUCCUAUGCCAUGGAAUCACUAGGAUGGAAAUUUUAUAUCAUCAACGCCUCUUGGAACAUUCUGUUCUUUGCAGCGGUCUAUUUCACCUGGGUUGAGACCCGACUUAUUCCUCUCGAGCAAGUCGCUUUAAAAUUCGGGGAUCUGGACCUGAAUACUCUUCAUGGACAGUCCGAACCAGAGGAAGUCGAUUUGGCUGCCGUUACCGAGGAGAAGAGUAUCAAGGGCUAG